UUUCGGAGCUUGACUCGAACAAGCUCUAACAUCCACCUUUGGAAUUACGUUCUAGAUAUACGUCAGCAACACUAGACAGCUAUUUAAUCAUCGACGCAUAUGAUUUUGAAAAUUCUACUAUUCUUUCCCACGAAUCAUUCUUACAACAUAAAUUCCAUGCCAAGAUCCCUAAAUACCUCUCAAGAUCUCCAACAUUAUUCAUCAAACACCCUCCCUUUCACUAAUAAUUUGGAAAUCACUAUUAACCAAAAUGGGGUUGUGCAAGGUUUCGUUUUCUUUAUUUUGUAUGUUGGGUUUGGUGACGGUGGGUCAUAUGGCCAACGCUCAAGACUCACAUGCAGACUACGUGAACGCACACAACGCUGCAAGGGCACAAGUGGGUGUUCCAAACUUGGCUUGGGAUGAUACCGUUGCUGCUUAUGCACAAAAAUAUGCUAAUCAACGGAAAGGUGAUUGCCAACUGGUCCACUCGAACGCCAAUGAUGGAAAAUACGGAGAGAAUAUUGCGAUGAGCACUGGUGACCUAAGUGGCACAGAUUCUGUGAAAUUGUGGGUUGAUGAGAAAGCCUACUAUGACUAUGAUUCUGACUCUUGUGCAGACGGUCAGAUGUGUGGCCACUACACUCAGGUUGUUUGGAGAGACUCUGUUCGUGUUGGAUGUGCCAAAGUAAGAUGUGAUAAUGGAGGCACUUUCGUCACUUGCAACUAUUCUCCCCCCGGCAACUAUGUUGGCCAAAAACCCUACUAGCUUCUUUCAAUUUCUGCUACCAUGUUAAGAAUAAGUUUUAAAAUCGUGAAUUUAGCUAUACGUACGUCAGGACUAUGAAUUCAUGUUAUGAUAAAGACUAUGAAUUCAUGUUAUGAUAUUUUUGUAUGUGAUGUAAUACAUGUGAGUACAUUCAUAACUCGCAUAAUCUAUAAUUAUUAAUAAAAGAAAUAUAUUUUUAAAUAA